GGCACGGAAUAUGCACUCUGUCAAGUUUCUGACAAACUUUUUAAAGGUGGGGUAAUUUACCUGAGAAUCCGACAUACUUUCAUCUUUCAUCAGGCAGAGAGCAGAGUUCUCUUUCUGUCCAGGACAGAGAGCAAGGUGCGAUGGGGGAUACAGAUAAGGGGAAGAAGGCUUUUGUCCAGAAGUGUUCCCAGUGCCACACGGUGGACGAGGGGGGACGACACAAGGUGGGACCUAACCUCUGGGGCCUGUUUGGCCGGAAGACAGGACAGUCACCUGGAUACUCCUACACACAGGCCAACACCAACAAGGGUAUAGUCUGGGAGGAGAAGACGCUAAUGGUGUAUCUAGAGAACCCUAAGAAGUACAUCCCAGGUACCAAGAUGAUCUUUGCUGGUAUCAAGAAGAAGAAAGAGAGAGAGGACCUGAUAGCCUAUUUAAAGGAUGCCACUUCGUAGACAGACACAUGACAUGCACACACACACACACACACACACACAUUUCCUUCCUAUACAUGCACACCUCUCUAACACACAGCUGUCAUUCUCUACUAACUUACUCCCACUCCUGAUGCACAUGUUCUUCUGACACAAAUCCACACACCCAAGGACACACCUCAAUACACACACUACCAUACAUUACCAUACAUUACCACACA